AUUUUCUACAUAUUGUUAUAUGAGUCAUUUUAAAGAUAUUUUUAUAGGUUUUAAAAUUAUUGUUUUAUAUUCUUGAAGUCACAGAUGAACUCAAAUGAAGCAUUUACUGCACUAAGUCUAGUAUUUCUUCAUGGUUCGUGUAUUAUUAGGAUUUCAGAAGAACACAUUAUACAAAAUGGAUUUAUACUGGACCUAAUUAUGUAUUCCUUAUAACCUUUGGAUUAUAUUUCAGACAGUUUUCCACUGCUCUCUGUACGCUUUAUUAUAUAAUCAUAAAAUAGUGGUUUGUUAGUUCCAAAUAGCCCCCGUUAUGUCAAAGAAUCAAAUAUUUCUUGUCACGUAUAAAAUCAGGUCAUCAACCAAUGGUUCGACUAUGGAAUGUGUCAGAUCAUUGUCAGUUAGCUGAAUUCGGUGGUCAUCAUUUUCGUGUCGUAGCUGUACGUUUCAGCCCGAACGAUCAAUAUUUAGUUAGCGUUGGUAGUCAAGAAGAUCAUACUCUGUAUGUAUGGGAUAGACAGAGUGGACAACGAGUGGCCAGUGCAAAAGUUACAAGUCGGAUCUAUGGAAUUGCUUUCAGUCCAAUGGGACAAUUUUUUGUUACAGUUGGUGUACGUUAUGUUCGUUUUUGGUAUUUAGAAAAUAAACGCAGUAAAAUUCGUGAAACUCUACCACUUCAUGGAAGAAAUGCUAUUUUAGGCGAUAUGUUCAACAGUGUAUUUACUGAUGUAUGCUGUGUUAAUUCGUCUUCGUCGUUGUCUUCUUCUUCGCCUACUUUGUCUUCCUCUAAUCCCGGUUCUACUCAAAUUCAUUCUGCUAAAUUGAAAUCUACAGCAGGAGGCGAAGGAAAAGAUCGUGAAGAUGUAACAAAUAAUAACAGUGGUAAAAUUGCAUCAGCAUCAUCAUCACCGUCUCCAGGUAUCGGCUCUACAACAACAUCAACCACAAUAUCUACUACUUUGACAUUAGUCGUAAAUACAGCUGGUCGUUUAAUACAAUUUAAUGGUCAAAGAGAUCUAGACAAAUGGGUUGAUUUAAAAACUUCUAGAGCAAACUGUAUUUCAACAAGCGGUUCAUGGGUAACUGUUGGUUGUACCACCGGUGUUUGUCUAUUAUUUGAAGCUGAAAGUUUGCAAUUUAUAGCUAAACUUCCUUUACCUCAUUCGUUGGGUUCCAGUUUACAUCUUUUUCCAGAUGUUAUUUCAACUGGGCUGAAUGUAAAUGAACCCAUUUACCCUGAUAUUAUUGCAAUUAAAUUGGAUUGCAUACGUAAUCGUAUAAUUUGUUUUUAUAAUGAUCAUAGCAUUCAUAUAUGGGAUAUACAUGACUUAACAACAAUCAAUAAACGUCGAUCGCAUUAUUACCAUAGUCGAGGUAUUUGGUCAGUGGAUUGUUUACCGGAACAAUGGCGACAGAAUAAUAAUAACAUCGAUAACAAUAAUAAUACGAUUCCAUUAAAUCAUUUACAAUCUUGGUGGUCGAAUGAUAUGUUUGUCACAUGUUCUGAUGAUGGAACUAUUCGAUUUUGGAAUCUUCUUGGAAAUUGUCAGUCGACAACAAAUAAUGGUACUGAUAAUGGAAUUCGAUUGUCAACAAGUGUUCCAGCCAAUUCAGAAUUUAUAGGAUCUACAACGUUCGAGUGUACAGAACAACUUGCUGGCAUCAUAUACACUGAUCCAAGUCACAAAUAUCUAUGUACUAUUGAUCGUUCUUCAAUUGAAAUUACCUUGUCUAAAUUAGAAGGUGGGAUAGGUCUGUUAGGUGGACCAGGUUUUGUACCUGGUACAAAUGAUCUGGGACAAAUUGAUUCUGCACUUCAAUCACCUGCAUCACCAUCACGUCCAUCAAUCAGUGAACAUUGUCAGUUGAUUUCUAGUUUAACGUCUUCACUUAAUACUGUUGGUGCUAGUAAUAAUACUAACACUAAUAGUAGUAACUGUACUACUGCUACUACCAAUAUCGGACCAACUUGUGUUCGUACCAUUUGUAUAAGUCCUGAUGGUCGUCAUCUAGCAGCUGGUGAUCGUGAUGGUAGUCUACGAGUUUACUCUUUGGAGACAUUAAAAUUAUGUUAUCAGAUACCUGCUCAUGACAAUGAAAUUCUAUCGUUGAAUUUCUUUCAAUCAUAUUCAGUUCCUCAACUUUUAUUGUUAUGCUCUGCAUCACGUGAUCGUAUGAUUCAUAUAUUUGAUCCAAAUAAAGAAUAUUCUCGUGUACAAACAAUAUCUGAUCAUUCGGGUGCUAUAUUUUCUGCAAAAAUCAUUGAAACAGAUGAUGGUGAAAUUCGUUUAAUCUCUUGUGGUAUGGAUAAAUCAUUAUUAUUUAGAAUACUUGAACCUGAUGAAUCUGGUCAAACAGCACAUUUCGCACUUGAACACCAUCUAGUUGGACGUCAUUCCCAAUUAGAUGCUGCUAUUACACCAAUGUUACCUAGUUCAAUAGAAAAUCGAACUAAUUCCACUAAUCGUAAACGUUAUCUAGCUGUUGCAUGUCAAGAUAGAAGGUUACGAAUUUAUAAUGUUGUUACUGCACGUCCUAUACGAUGUUAUCGUGGAAGUUAUACUGAAGAUGGUUUUCUAGUUCGUUGUUCAAUUGACCCAACUGGAUCGCUUAUUGCAACUUCAGGUUCAGAUAAACAGUUAAAUUUAUUUCAUUUACUCACGGGUGAAUCAAUUGCUACAUUAUACGGUCAUUCAGAAUUCGCUGAUAGUUGUAUAUUUGUUUGGCGUUUAUCAACAAAUUUAACACGAUAUUUACAUGAACGUAUCACUACAUCAUGUAUGUUGAAAAAUAUAUUAGGCAAUUCGAUUAGUUAUCCUCAAUUAGACGGAAUUCCAUUAGAAAUAACAAAUGCAAGACUAAAGACUGGUAGAGAAGAUAAUAAUGGUUUGUUUAAUAUUAAUCGUUCCGAUUAUUAUCAUAUUCGUAAUGAUGAUAAUGAUAAUAUUGAUGUUGAUACAAAUCGAAAUAUAACAUCUCGAAACUAUACUAGUAAACACAGCAACAGUAAUAAUAAUAGUGAUGAUGUUCUAAAUGAUUGUAACAGUAUGUUAUACAACAGUGAAAUGAAUGAAUAUGAGAAUGAUGUUGACGAUGAUAAUGAUCUCGAUAACUAUGGUGAUGAUUAUGAUGACGAUGUAACAUCAUUUAGUCAAACAAUGCCUCCAUCUGAAUGGAAUGAAUCACUUGCAGAAUAUGAUAAAAUUGAAAACUUGGAUAAUGAUGAUGAGAAUGCCGAUGAUGAUAUUGGUGGUGGUAAUGCUGACGAUGAUGAUAAUCAUGGUGAAGAUAGUGAAUUUGAUGCGUUUCCUUUAGAUGAUGUAUUAUCAGUUAAUGUUACAAAUCCUAUUACUAUCCAAAUGAAUCAUUUGAUGAAUAAGCAUAUUGUAACGAAACAUAAAUCUAUUGUCGAUGAGAACAAUUCACCUCAUUGGUGUAGCAAUAAUAAUAAAAAUAUUUUGUCUGCCAAUCACUUGAUUAAAUCUCAAGUUUCCGCUACCACUGCUAUUAAUUGUAAUAGUAGUAGUAGUACAGUUACAAAUUCUGUCAAUCAAAAUAAUAAUGGCAGUAGUAGUAGUAGUAAUCGUAGUGGAGGAAAAAAGCCGGAAUUCUAUUUUAGUGUUAGCGCACUUCCGGCUUGGGCGCGCAGAAAGCUGAGUCGUCGUGAAUCAGUGACCAUUGUCCCAACCUCUUUGACACAGGUUUUGAAUAGUGAAUUUGAUGUGAAUGGAUCGGAUUCAGCUAGUCAAACCUCUGUAGUAAGUGGUCCAAUAUUGCCUGUAUCGAAUAGUGGUUCCUGUUCUCAUGAAACAAUACCUAACUAUGUUUACCCAUUGUCAUCAUCAGUCACAGCAACAAAGAGAAGAUCAAAAUAUACUCGUGUUCGCGGCAAAACAUCAACUGAAGACAUUUCUGAAAAAGAUAUAUUAACACCAGUGUCUAGUACUACCACUACUACUGUUGUAUCAUUAUCUAAUGAUGAAAUCAAUUCUAACGAACAAAUAAUUCAUGAAAGAAAAAACAAUUGGUUUACACGUGCUGUUUCUGCUCCGGAUACACCUCGUUCUUGGAAAAAAGAUGUUUAUAGCGUAGAUAAUAAACGAAAUAUGAUAACAACAACACCAGUGACAUCAGGAACAACGACUACUACAACUAUAAGAACACGGAAGAUAAUUGACAGUUCUGUAAAAAAACUUUAUCCUACUCAAAAGACUGUGGAAACAUCUUUCAUCAGUCGAGUCGCUGCUCAAAAUAGACCUAAGGAUUUGGCUUUAGAACAAUUCACACCACCGAAACAUACCUAUGAAGUUUGUGCUAAUCGAUUAAUAAUGAAUGAGUCGAUUACUGGUGGAGAUUGUCCGAACGAAUUGCCAUUAUUUAACAGACCUAAAAAUAAGUCAUCUCAACAACGAUCUUACUCGGCUACGCAAUUAAUUCCUUCAAGAAAUAAAGUCAAACUUCAAGAACGACGUCAUGUUCGAUCUCGUGCCAGUUGGUUUCCUGUUAGUUCUCCUAAACAACACAAUCCUCCUCCUUCUAAAAUUGUUGAUGAUUCUGUCAAUCUAUAUUCAACAAAUAGUUUACAUCAUUUUCUUGAUGAUACAAAUACAAUUCAUGCUUUGAAUUACAAUUCUGGUGAUCGUUGUCAACAGCGUAAUCAGUCGAAGGAUUUACGUGCUUCUGUGGAUAUAACUUCAAAGGCUUUAUUGAUGUCAUCAAUAUCAUCAUCAAAUUAUCAUGAUUCAAAGAAUCGUUUGCCUGCUGUCAAAAAAUAUUCUUCACAAUACCUUACCACUAUGCAAGAGACAAACUGUCGAAUGAACAGUGAAUCUGUGCCCAAGAGCUCAACACAUACUCCAAACUCAACUUCGUCUCAAUUUCAAUCAGACGAUUUAAAUUCAUGUAGAUCAGCUGUCGAAUCACUUCAUGCUCUUCGUGUAGCCUUAGAUUUGGCUAUUAGUCGAUUAACUAAAUUAUCUUGUUACAAUCAUAAAAGUGAAGAACAUACAAAUCUAUGUCAAAUUGUUACUGAACAACUUGAAUGGAGAUUUUCACGUUUACGUGCUAUGCUUGGUCUAUCACCAGUUUGUGUUGAAGCACCAGUGGCUCGUGUACUAAUUGCAGAUAUUGUAGAACGCUUGAUUCCAGAGUUAAAGUCAGCUUCUUCAAUGCUAGACAAUACAGAUGCUUUAAACAACAGUACUAACGAUGACAAUGUAGAUAUUGAUAAUCCAGAUAAUCAAGUAAACAGUGAAACUAAAUCACAAUUCCAAAAAGCAAUGAAUUUGUCUGAUACUUCUGUAUAUAAGAUGACCGAAAUGAAUGACAAUUCAACUAUCAUCAAUCAUAAAACUGUGAAUAUUGUUAAUCGCGAUGGUUAUAUUGACAAUAAUAAUAAUAAUAAAACGAGGGAUGGGAAAAUGAGAAACGUAACUCAUUAUGAAGAACAUGAUGAUGACAGUGGUGAUAUUCAUGAAACAUUUAUGCAAGAAAAUAAGACUCUCGAAACUAGCUGAAGAAAAGCUACCAUACUUUCGAUCUUUCUAUACUUGUUUUUUCGUUAAUUUUGUAUUUAUUGUUUUUAUUCGACGUUUUUUAACGAAAUAUAACAGCUCUAUUUAUG